AUGGUCUUUGAUAAAGCCAUGCUACCGUCUCGUUCCACGUUCAACGAUAUGAGGGUGUACAUGAAGUACAAGUCCCACAAGUGGGGUUCUAAGUUAUUCAUGCUGUGUUGUUCUACGACAGCGUAUUGCAUCCGAGUGAGAGCAGGGACGACAAGCUCUACCGACUACAAAUCUGGACCGGCUGCAGUCGCGCGUAAUCUCAAGGGAAUUUUCCGGUCCUACAUCUCCUGUGAAUGGAGACAUGCGACUGGUAGUGACGGACAGAUUCUACAUAGCUGUCCCGCUGAGCAUGCAGCUCCUGACAAUAAUGAGGGACGUUCGUUGUUGCCGAAGCGUUACAGUUUCCAAACAUGCGUGGGAAACGCGUUCAGUUCACAUGCUGAGUACCGGUGGGAGCGUGGAGAUGAACAGAAUAUUGUCGCCCUUGGUGUUAUCAACGCAUACAUCGUGUACAAUGCCGCGCGCGCAAAAACAAACUUGCCUAAGCUCAGUCACGUAAAGUUCGUGAAGCAGCUCCAUCUGGAGCUGGUUCAACUCCGCGAGGCAGACUGGGACAACUUGCUGACCAACAAAUACCUACAAGCUACACAUUCAAAGCCGUUUCGCCCAGAUCUACGUCGACAAGAUGCUCACCAACCUCUCCAGAACGAUGAACGGCGCCGGGACAACAACAAUCAAGGCCGGAAGCGACGUACGAGUAUCCAGGAUACAUAUCCCUUCCAGGUGAUUUCCAUGGAGCACAUUCCGUCAUUGCCAAAGUCGUUCAAAGGAAACACCGAAGUGCUGAUUUGGGCAGACUUGUUCACCGGUUACGUAAUAGCCAAGGCUAGUCCGUCGAGAGAGGCGCAGACAGUGGCUGAGAAUUACGAGGAAUGCGUCUUCCGUCGCUUCGGCGCAAGCGAAGUCAUCCGACAUGACCGGGAGCCGGGCUUUAUGUCGGACUUCUUCCGUGCCUUCAACCGGAUCAUGAAGAUGGGACAGAGCGCAACGAUUACUUACCGUCAACAAGGGAACGGCAAAGCCGAGCGAACGGUGCAAAGCCUGACACGAGCCGUGAAGUUGUACGUCACUGAUGUACAAUCAGCAAGACUGGGACGACUAUUCAAAGCGGCUGGCCUAUGCGCUGUAUACGGAGCACGAUCUAGUGAGGGGAGAAACGUCAUUCUUCCUCGUCUACGUACCGACGGGACCCGCGGUCGACACUUGAAGCGGUUGUUUCGGUGGGAUCGACACGCCACCGCAAUUGUGAUGCGGGAUAUGGAGGAACAGUGCCGCAGAGCCAGGGAAGCAGUCAACGAGAAUCUGCGCGAUGCGAUCAAGUCUAGAGCUGACCAUAACAACAAAACGAAAACGUCCGACCACACCGGAUUGAGGAAGACACACAAGUGUGACUUUAGCUGGACCGCGUAA